AGAGAGAGAGAGAGAGCCAGCAUCCUCCUCCUCCUCCUCCAAGGAGGUCCCAGCCCCGCUGCCUGCAAAAGGAUGCUGAGAGAAGCAGGAAGGAAGGAAGGAAGGAGAAAGGGGGGAUUUGGGGAGGGCUGGGCGCCCCAUUUCUUCACCCAGAGCCUGGUCUUGAAGGGGAAUGUUGAUGACCCCGCCGUGUACCUGCUGCGGCAUUCUUCCCGCUGCCAAGAAAAGUUGGCUUCAAGCUCAAGAAGGUACUGAUCUGCUAUAAUACAGGAGAUCAAGACAGGCAGGAGGAUCAAACUGAAGCCCUCAGAGCAGAUGCCCAAAGGUGUGUCGGUCUCAUCUCUAUAGAAGUUCCCUGUGUCAGACUCUCCAUUUGGACUGCUUGAGGAAGGGAAGCCAGCUGUGUUAAUGCCUAGACUGCUUGAAUAACAGAUUUAUCAGCCACUCGAUGGGGAUUACCAGUGGAGCAGCUGUUUGUGUCACCAUUCCACCUUUGUGUAGCAAGCAAAACAACUUCAGCACCUCUUCGAUAAUAAUUAUGAAACUGGUAUUAACUGAAUGGCAAUUAUGGAUUUUUAACUCUAAUUCACAGUAAACGAAAGCAAGCCAUAUGUCGAAUUGAAUUUCCUACCAAAUAGCUUUUUGUUCCUCUGAAUGUUUCAACGCCUGCUGCAUAAGAAAUUGAUGACGAAACCCGUUGGGAAGGAGGGGAAUUACAAAUAUUGCUUGCAUGAGAAACACGACGCCAUCAGAAAGAGAAGACAUGAAUGCUGACUCGGAAUCUAUGCAAGUUCAAGAUCUCCCUGUGGUACAGCUCCAGAAGCCGGAGAAUGAGAAUGAAAGUAAAGAAGAGACUAUUAGUGAAGGAUCCAUAGAUCGGAUACCUGUUCGUCUCUGGGUGAUGCAUGGUGCCGUCAUGUUUGGCCGGGAAUUUUGUUACGCUAUGGAGACAGCUUUGGUUACACCAGUAUUGUUACAAAUUGGUCUUCCCGAACAGUACUACAGCCUCACAUGGUUCCUUAGUCCAAUUCUGGGCCUCAUCUUCACUCCUUUGAUAGGUUCAGCAAGCGACCGCUGCACACUUAGCUGGGGCCGCCGGCGGCCUUUUAUUCUUGCCCUUUGCAUCGGAGUCCUCUUUGGAGUCGCCCUUUUCUUAAAUGGCUCUGUUAUAGGUCUAGCCAUUGGAGAUGUCCCGGACCGCCAGCCCAUUGGUAUCGUUCUCACUGUUCUGGGUGUUGUGGUCUUGGAUUUCUGUGCCGAUGCUACGGAGGGGCCAAUCCGGGCCUAUUUGCUGGACGUGGUGGACAGCGAGGAGCAGGACAUGGCACUCAAUAUCCACGCUUUCUCAGCAGGUCUCGGAGGAGCCAUUGGCUAUAUGCUGGGGGGCUUGGACUGGAUGCAGACUUUCCUGGGGUCCAUCUUCAUAUCCCAAGAGCAAGUUCUCUUCUUCUUUGCUGCCAUCAUUUUUUCUGUCUCGGUCGUCCUCCACCUUUGCAGCAUCGAAGAAGAGCAGUACAACCCACAGCAGGACAGGAUUGAUGACGAAGCGGACACCCUAUCGAGUGUCAAGCUGAGCGGCGGGAGCCUCCCACCUCUGAACCGGUUGAACAUCAUCAGUGAGGAAGACCCUUAUGGGAACUCCAUGUUCCCAGACGAGGUCCAGUCAGAACAAGACCUCAACAUGGACUUCCUUGAGGUGGACAUUGUGCGGAGCAAGAGCGACUCAGUCUUGCACAUGGCCGAUGCCACCCUCGAAAUGGAAUCUGAGCUGCUUUUCCUCCAUGACAUCGAGCCUUCCAUCUUUCAGGACUCUUCAUACCCAAACACCCCUCACAGCACCAGCCAGGAACUCAUGAAAUCCAAAUUCAACCGCCUGUCUGCGUUCCUCAGGGAAAAUGAGAAAGAGGAGGAGAUGUUACUUGAUAAUCACUUGAACGAAGCCAAAGUCCCCAACGCCAAUGGCUCCCUACCAAAAGAUCUCCUGAAUGGGCACGCUAGGAUCGGCAUGAAGCAGUCAAGCACUUCCAACUCCAUGCGCAGGCGGCGGCACAUGUUCUAUCGCCAGCCCUCUCACACCUUCUCCUAUUACGGCAAGAUCGGCUCCCAUCGUUACCGUUUCCGGCGGGCCAACGCUGUGGUCUUGAUCAAGUCCUCUCGCAGCAUGAAUGACAUUUACGACAUGCAGAAGAAGCAGCGGCAGAGGUACCGGCACAGGAACCAGAGCGGGGCCACCAACUCCAGUGGGGACACGGAGAGUGAGGAGGGAGAGACGGAGACUACUGUCCGGCUCCUGUGGCUGUCCAUGCUGAAGAUGCCCAAGGAGCUGCUGCGGCUUUGUGUCUGCCACCUCCUAACAUGGUUUUCCAUCAUUGCCGAAGCUGUGUUCUAUACUGACUUCAUGGGGCAGGUCAUCUUUCAUGGUGACCCCAAGGCCCCCUCCAAUUCUACUGAACUGUUUGCCUACAAUGCUGGCGUUCAGAUGGGCUGCUGGGGACUGGUCAUUUACGCUGCUACUGCUGCUGUUUGUUCAGCCUUAUUACAGAAGUACUUAGACAACUACGACCUUAGCAUCAAAGUGAUCUACAUCCUGGGCACCCUGGGAUUCUCCAUUGGAACGGCAGUAAUGGCCAUGUUCCCUAAUGUCUAUAUUGCCAUGAUAAUGAUCAGCACGAUGGGAAUUGUCUCUAUGAGCAUCUCCUACUGCCCGUAUGCGCUGCUGGGCCAGUACCAUGACAUCAAGGAGUAUAUCCACCACAGCCCUGGGAACUCCAAACGAGGCUUUGGCAUCGACUGCGCCAUCUUGUCCUGCCAGGUCUACAUCUCCCAGAUCCUGGUGGCCUCUGCCCUCGGAGGGGUCGUGGAUGCCGUGGGCAGUGUCCGGGUCAUUCCGAUGGUGGCCUCGGUGGGCUCUUUCCUGGGCUUCCUGACAGCCACAUUCUUGGUGAUUUACCCAGACGUCGGAGAAGGUUCGAAGGAGGAGCAGAAGGGCCUGGCCCCGCUUCCCAACGCUGUCGAAAGCAACGGCGCCGACGAGGAGAAACCGACUGUGAUCAAGCUCUCUCGGAAAGAAUCCGCCGCCGCUCCGGAAGUGGAAAACGAAUCUGCCGUUUGAACAGAUUGCCAUCAUUCGCACACAUUCCAAGCAAUUCAGGUGCAUGAAUCGGAACAUUGUCAAAAGCAAAAAAUAAUAAUAAUAAUAAUCUGAACUUUCAAGAGACAUCAUUGCUGUCUGAUGCGCAGCAAUGGAUUAAAACGGUUCUUCAUGCAAAAACAUAGAUGAAAUUCCAUAGCGCUAGGGUAGCCUUGAAUUAGGUAGCUUUGAUGCUGAUUGCUUUCUCUACAAUCCAGAAAAAAAAUCAUCUUUCUUAGAGGUAUUUUUAAUGAAGAGAAAAUGCACUUGGGUUUCCAAGGUGAAUUUUAUCAGUAGGCAGAAAACUUUCUCCUUGCACAUGGAUUUGUGUUUGUUUGUUUUUCAAACCGUCACAACAUUUUUUUUGUCUAGAACUUCAAAUUAUCUCUUUUACCAACAACAAAAAUGUGGCAGUUGUUUAGAUUGUAGUGACGGGGAGCCAUUCUGGCUGCAGCUUUUGUUUUCUUUUGAUCUGACCUUUUUGGACCUUUGCAGCUAUCGUAGUAGAGCCAACUACACUGAUCAAAUUUUGUAUUUGACCAUUGAUGCAAUAAUAAGUAAACAGCAGUAAUACUUCUUAUUCCUCCUUGUUUUGAACAGGAGUCUGGAUUCCAUUUUUUGGUGCAACUGGUAUUAUUCAUGUUCCUGCAUGCUGCAGUAGCUAUUCCAAAAACGGCUGUCAGUGUAUUAUUACUAUUGUUGUAAUCAAGCCAUUCAGAACAUCUAUUUCCAUGUGUUUCUCAUUUGGGAAGAUCUUUUAGUGAUCUUUUAAUCAGGCGGCUUGUGGAUUUUUAAGGAGCACCAGUGAAAUAUGCUGUGACCAGACCAGUGAACUGGUCAAAUAUGAUUUGUUUUUAUUUCCCUCGAUUUUUCCCCCCUUUUUUCUUUUUUAGUGGCAUUCGUAAUGCCAAUCAUCUCCUUUGUGAGGAAGCUGCUUUGAGACGGGGGAACUUCAUUGUUGGUUUGUUUUUAUUUUGUUUGUUUUUUUCAAAUGGGUUGUGAGGGUUCCCUUGUUUAGAAGGGGGUUGUCGAUUGCACUUUUUUCCGAACUCUUCUGGGCUGGGAAUUGUGAUAGCUGAGUUUUAAAGAGAGAGAGUCUUACUCCGACAAGCAAAUACCAAAGGCCUACCUCUGAUACCGCAGCCGAGAGUGUGCGCAUGCGUGGCUAAUAUGGUUUGUUUGUCUGUCUGGUUGUUCGUUCGUUUAAAAUAUAUAUAUAUAUAUAUUGUCUUGAAACAGCUUUGGGCCUUAAAGAAAUCCAAUGUUUUUAUUUUUUGGAAAAUGCUGUAGCUCUUCCCUUGGUCUAGGAGUUCUGUGACUGGAGGCUUACCAGACGAGUUCCUCGUGUCCUUUCUUGACCAGUUUCUUCCUAUUUUGGACUUGACUCUGGUUCCAGGGCAAGAGCAGGAAUACAGAACCAAGAUUAUGGUUGAAAGGAACGCGUUUCUUUUUUUAUUGAGGCCCAGAUUUUGGGGCGGGCCAGACACUGAAUACCAUACCAGGUCGACAUUGAGAAUAAAUAACCUCUUGGGGUAUAGCUUUGGGAAGAAAACUCUUAAAUAGUUCUCCUCUGCCAUGGAUAUUCCUUAUCCAAUGCAGACAUAGCAGCCAGUUUUCAGACCGAAGGUGGCAAAUGGAGGACAUUUUAAUGACAUUUCUGCUGUCUCGAACAUCUUUUAUUUAGGACUCAGUACUUUGAAAUGCAUGUCUUGAACCAUGCUGCAAAUAUAAUCAUCUGGAAGCAAAUAUUACUCCCCACCCCAAUCUAUCUAUGUAUGUAUAUAUUUCAUGAUGAAAAAAAGCAGUUUUUUACUUGAACGGUUAUAGUAUUUAAAAGAAGAAUAUGUAUGUUUUUUCAUAGCUCAAGCGAUAAUCAUCUUGCCUGCCUCUUUGGGUAGCUUGGCAGCCGCCGCUUCUGUUUAUUUCUGAGCUCUGCUUUUUCAGACCCAUGAUGUACAUUUUUUACCUCCAACCAAGGAGAAUAGAUUUCUUUAUAGACCAAUGGGAUUUCAUAAAGCAUUCAUUUUGUACAGGAAAUUUUUAAAGGUGAUGUUUUUUAAUGGUCUAAAGAAAAACGCAAGGCUUUUUUUUCCUGUCUGAAAAUAGAAUUUUAUUUGAAACUGAAAUUUCUCUAGGACAGAAUUACAGUCUGGUUCAGAAGUCAAUGUAAUAUGAGUUUUGACCUAGGAGUUUUCUCGCCUUCAUGACACUUUGAUGGUGUUUGCAACUCCGAACUGCGAGGCAGCCUUUGUUUCACCAAAGACGGAAGAGCUGUUCUUUUGAAAACUUGAUGUAUCCAUUGGAAAUAGCUAUAUCAAGCAUUAAACUGUACUAUUAGUAGCUUUUCAUAAAACAGAUAAAAGUAAGAUGUUGCCACUUUCUGAUUUGAUCUUCGCUUAUACACUAUUGGGUUUUGCCUAUUUCAAAUGGCUCUGUCUUUAGGUUGAACAAUGCCAUUGGAAUCAAUUGCUCAUUUAUUUUUUUCCCCUUCCUUGACACCUGUUUUUCUUCAGAAUUGUUCAAGGUUAGGAAGGCUUUAUAUUUCCCAGAGAAGUCAAAUCUGUCCCUUGGAAAAGGUGAAUCAAAAUCGAAAGCUUUCCUUGGGCCCCUUAACCUCACUCUCCAAACUAUACGUUUCCAUGAAAUCCUGGAUGCUUUAUUAACUUUGCAUGGGCAGAAGAUGGUCAUUGUUUUGAAAACUUGUGCCUUUGCUGUGCCUUUGCUGUCCAGAGAAGGAAAAUUAUAUCUUUGCUUCCUGUAGAUCAGGCAUAGGCAAACUUUGGCCCUCCAGGUGUUUUGGACUUCAAAACGCCGGCUGUUAGGAAUUGUGGAAGUUGGAGUCCAAAACACCUGGAGGGCCAAAGUUUGCCCAUGCCUGCUGUAGAUGCAAGCAUGGCAGAAAUUUGUAAGACUCUCAUCAAAUUACAAAUCCCAGAACUACAUGGUUUGGAGCAAUAGCAAUUAAAACCAGUUUCCGAGUGCUACAACAAUGUAGUGGAGAUACACUUUGAUAAACAUCCCAUUUCCACAAAUCCUGAAUAGCUGGUGUUGGAAGCAUACAUGUGCUCUGUUUGUGCAGUCUGCCUCUUAACAGAACAAUAAUUGUUCUUGGUUUUAAAUUAAGAAACAACUCCUUUUUAGUUUAAUAUAUUUCAUCUCUUAUCACCAUAGAUCAGUCAGAUUUGGGAGAUGUGUUGCUUUCCAACCAACGUUUUCACACAGCAAAUUGGCACAAGUUGUCUGAUUGCUAAAGCUUCAUGUCUUGGAUUGUGUAUAUAUAUAUAUUAUAGAGAAUUGACUGUGUCUUUUAAAGGAAAUUGAAGACAUGGAUUUAUAAUGAUAAUGUCCAACUAGACACGCUUGUACAUUUAAAGAUUAUUUGGUGAGAGAGAAAAAAAGCAAUAAUAUUUUCAGCUGUUUUUGAGAGAUUAGUUCUUGUUUGCACAUGGGGGUUUUCACCCAAAUAUAGCCUUUCUGACGUCGCGAUCAUUCCCAAAUCAAGGCAUAUAGAAACCCAGUCCUCCUUAAGGUGAAGAUGUUGCCCACAUAAAUAUAAGAAUUUGUGUCUAGUGCUGUUUCAUUGAACAGGGUGCCUAUAAAAUACCCCUUGUAAGGAUCUGAAAAAUGCCUUCCCAAUCAUUGGAUUCCCUCUGCCAGAAGUAGUGGCUUUCUUCCUAUGUUCCCCCUUGUAUGUGACUCCUAUGGAGAAACAUCUAGUGAAGGGUCCCUGUGCACUUGAGUUUGAAGGCCCUUUGCCUUGGCUGGGAGUAGGAGACUCCUUCAGCUGUCCUAUGAAUGACUUCCCUGCCUCCUCUUCACUCCUUUUACGUUAGUUUUAGAGACUUCUAAAAAUGUAAGACCCCAUUUCAUGUCAUAAGAACAUGUGCAGGACACUGCUGUUGGGUGACUUGUCAAUUUAUACAUUUCUGGUGCUGGGCAACCAACCAAAGCUAGUGGGCUCACUUGAUGGAGAAAUGGGGAAUCCAUUUUGAGUUUUAGCCUGAAUCUUUCAAGGAGUUACACAAGAUUACACUCUAUUCCCAAAUUCCUUAGCCUGUUUCAGGGAUAGGGCUUGGCACUGUUGGUACCUCCUUCGAAGUUCAGACCAAAACCCAGAAGACGAUCCUAUCUCAUUGACAUCACCCUCCAGUGUCCCUUGUUUGCAGCUUAAUUUGGGAGCCCAAAUGGCUGUUGGCACUUUGCCAUUCAACCUCUGAAAAGGAAAGAAAUCCCUUUCCUUCCACUGCAAUUGUCCUUCAUUGCAAUGUAGGUAUCACGCUUUCAUUUUUUGUCACCUGCUAGCAAGACGCGCUCAGCUGAAACUGUUUGUUGCUUUGUAAGCAAUGUAAAAACUCUGCAUGGCUCCCAUCCUUGUGUAGCAACCUUACAUACCUGAAGUGUCUUUUGUAGAGGCGGCGGGAGGAAUGUGGUUUCAAAUUCUUGUUUUUCUGCAAAUAGGUUGAUAUAUAUAUAUAUAUAUAUAUAUAUAUAUAUAUAUAUAUAUAUAUAUAUAUAUACAUACAUACACACACACACAUACACACACACACACACACACACACAUACAUAUACACAUACAUACAUACAUACAUACAUAUAUGUAACCGGCACCAAAUGUUGCACAGAAAUGGAGAGGGGGAAGAUACCAAAUUUUAAUCUUUAUUAUUCUCUUAACUAUAGAUUCUUAGGCUUGCAGGUAUAGUCCUAAAUUGUAAUUUCUGAAACACUAAACUAUGAGAUUUUUUUUAAAGCCUGCAUUGACGAGUCCAUUUAAAGUGGGACUUUCACCCAGAGUUCUGUGUUUCCACAUUGCAUCCAAAAUAAAAGUGCUAUUGGAGAUGCACCUUAUUAUAUUAGAAUUUUUAUUAUACCACUGUUAAUUGAGUUACUUUUUCUUUCAAAUGUAAUGUCUCAGCCAUCGGUAAGUAAAUUUUAGGGGCGCAGAAUCCUCAACCGUGUCCUCCUGGUUCACGAGUUUAGAGGUUCAUCUCCUGCAUAUUCUCAGAUACAUGUGUAACAUGAAAAGUACAGAAAACCUUUCAGGAUUAACCUGUAGCUACAAGUGUGUCUUGCUUGAAGGCUUUACUUGCUGAAUAUAUCUGAGAUUAUAGGAGCCUGCUUUCAGUUCAACACAAGGGUCAUGAUAAGCGUGACUCACUUUCUGGGUAGCUUUCUGUAUAAACAUUUCCAUGUGUUAACUGCAUAAAUAAUAAUGUAAAGUAUCAGGAUCCCAGUGCAAAUUCCUUUAUUCUUCAGGACAAGAAAUCCCUUUGCCGUCAUUAAAUUUCUAAGCGUCUAGAUUUUUGGGUAAAUGGGAAACCGCAUCAAAAGAGCAUACCUAUUUAGCUUGAGUUAAGUGUUAAUUCUGAAAUGUGGCCUUGAAUUCAAUACAAAGCUAAUGUUCUCCUGAGUAGCGUGAUUUGAUCAGUUGCAUUGUUCCAAAAUUGAAUGUUCUGUUUUGAUUUCUGCUGCGACACGGGCCUGUAACUUCUUUGGUAGCCAGAUGGCCAGCUGAAUAUAUUAAGAAUGCCUCAUCUACUGAAAAAGCUGCAUUACGUAGGCAUCUCAUAAUGAAAAAUAUAAGUAAAUAUAUAAAUAUAUAUAUUUAGUUCCAUUGUGAACUGGCCAUAAGACAACUUCUUUUUUAUCAACUUAUUAAGUUGGGGCACUAUAUUAGCUCUUGCUGAGUUUAGCAGUGUUUAUAAGCGUGUGUUAAACACAUAAUGUUACAAGUUUAAUGAAGAAAAAAAGGGAUAACAAAAAAGAAAUGUGACAGAUGAAUGUGUCUGAGUGGACUAGAUGGCAUAAUGUUCUGGGAUUUGAUUUCAAACACAGCUUUUGUUUUCUGGUUUCUAAGUAAAGACUUCGUUGCAUGACAAAACAGUUUUGCACUUUUGGGUCUGUCUGUAUAAUUUUGUUUUCCAUUUAUGGAUAGAAAUGGCUGAAUGUAGAGAAUAAAAACAAAAAAAACCACUAUUUCACAUUUUUCAUGUGUUCAAUCCAUUGUUCUACAGUUCAAUCUUAAAUAAAUAUUUCAAUACAA